AUGGCCGAGGACGACCAGGCCGCCGAGUCCGUCGGCUCGCGCCGAGGCCAGAAAACCCUCCUGCCUCUCCAGACGCAGCUUGACAGCGCCCAGGUGCCGCACAGCUCGCGCUGGAGACGCUCUCGCUUCGUCGUACCACCCCCGCCGGAGCACAAGGUCGCACCGCCGCCGCCCCAGCCUGCGCCGGACCCGCCGGCCAAGCUCGAGAACCGCAAAUCGACCAUGUCCCUGUUCAGCCUCUUCAGCCGCCCCAGAGUCGAGAGAGCACGCGGCCACCACGAGAUUGGUCUGCCCACCAUUCCGGACGGCCCCGAGGCCAUGCCCACCGCCGCCCUCAGUCCCGUCGCUGCUACUCCGCAGACCGCGCCCAACAACCCAGCUGACCCGUCCGCCGUGGCACCCAAGUCGCGCGGCAGCUCCUUCAACCGGAGGUCAAGAACAGGAGGGUCGAGCAAUUGGGAGCCGCCGCCGCUAUUCCAGGUCUACCCGCAGGCGCUCAAGCAUGCCAUGCUGCAGGCGACCAAUUCCUCGGCCGAGGCCAUUAUAUCCACCCAGGCGCACAAGAGACAAUACAGUAUCCUCAGGGAGAACCUCCAAAGCAAGCUGGACUUGUCCAAUGGCAGUGACGAGACGUCGCCCGCCGCUGAAAAACUGCAGAAACGGGAGAAGAGAAUGUCGACAAGCUCGACCUUGGCUGCUGCUCCUCCCGACAUGACCCACAAGAUUUACGUACUGUCCACUUCCGGCUACUUGCUCCAAUACUCGGGUGAAGGCCCGGCCGAAAGAAUGCCCGAAAAGAUCCUGCAGCUGGGGAAGGACUCCGCAGCAUUCGCAUGUGAUCUUAUCCCAGGGAAGCAUUGGGUUCUGCAGAUCUCGCAGUCCACAACCGACGAUGGGACCGUGACCGCGCAACAGCCGAGGUCUCUCCUAUCCCGGCUGCGCAUGCAAGGUACCGCUGCGAAGAGGACAGCCACGACCCUCCUUCUUGUGUUCGACACCCCCGAGGAGAUGGGAGAGUGGUUGACAGCCAUCAGACAAGAAAUCGACAUCCUUGCAGGGCGCAAGACAAGAUCAGAAGUGGACCAGGAGAACAGCCAAGAGAACGGACUACGCAAGCACACCAAGAUGCCCAGCCAUCGUUAUUACGUCCAGAGGGACCCCAACCGGUUUGACAACGAACGUUCGCCGCUGACUUCACCCGUUGGAUCGCCGGCCCAGCCCGGUAUGGAGUGGUCUUCUGCCACCAUGCGUCGGAAUGUGUCGGACGCAGCGUCCACUACCUCUCGCUUCACGUUCAAGAGACGGUCGGUGGAGGGCUCAUCGAUGGCCACAACUUCGUACGAUGGGAACCAGCUGAAUCAACUGAGAGAGGACUCGCGACUGUCGAUGGCUUCGAACAGGACCUCAGGCACCUCUCCCCCAGCCUCAACUGGCCCUCCUUCUCCUGUUCGAGACUCUACACCGCGACCCGGAGAUGAGAGCCAACUAAGCCCGACGACCUUGAAAUCCUUCUCGAUGAGCCCCAGCACCAGCACCCGGCGGAGAUCCAUGCCCAUGCAACCGCUCUCCCCUACAGAUGAGGAUCAGCCUCACAGGUCACAGCGACAGUCCCCAUUCGACGCCGCUCUAGCAGGCGCGAGACAAUCUCCGGCCCCACCGUCAGAGGAUGGUCACAAGUCCCCCACCCCCGACGGCUCAGCACCCAGGACGAUCAAAAACCGCAUGUCCUUCUCGCGGCCUUUCAAUCUGCAUGUGUCUCACAGCUAUACCCCGAUGCCUACGAUUCGCAGCGCGAGCGCACCGCCUGAAAAAAUGGCCAUACCUGCUGGCCAAGCUGUUUCGACUGACACAGCCGAGUCUGUCUGCCCACCAUCCACAAUUGGCAGUCUCGCAUAUGCGUCGAACCCCAGUGCCAAUUCAACACAACGCCAAACUCCGUCGCCAAAUCCUGGAUUCCGUCCGAUCCCUAUCAGACCUACCACUUUUAUGCCAGCGCGUCGUAUAUCAUCACUGGGGCCUACACUCCCGGUCAAUGUCAACCCGACUCCGGCUCUCAGACAGAGAGCGUCUCAGCCGCAGUUGCCCACACAAACCCCUCCGCAACUUACCACCCGGCCCCCAAGCAAAACUCUACCCCCCAUGCGUUCUCCGCCUCCCACGUUGCAGCUGCCGCCCACUCCUCAACAGCCGCAGUCAAAGCAGCAGCCAGCGCUCCGGCGUCCAACGAGCAUGCAAAUUCGGUCGGAGCCAGCCGCAUUCCUCUCUACCCGCCGUCCAAUGGGCGUGUCGGCUCGCAACCGCUCUCCUUCUUUGGAGCCGCCUGUUCGGCCCUCGUCUGCUCGGCCCUCGUCUGCUCAGGCGGAAUCUACGAGAUUUCCCGGGCAAGUGCGGUUUUCGGUACAUCAGAUGCGCUCGAUGCCUGCGCUUGGGUUGCCGCCACCAGCACCACCGCCAAAUAUGCCACUGCCAGCACCGCCACCAAAUGCACCGCUUCCCCCUCUGCCCAGCUCGGAUCGCUCAACGACGACUAUCAAGACGGUAGUGAUGGCAUAA